AUGAAGAAGAUCUUUUCAUCGGAGACCAUGGACAUCCCCGACGGCGUGAGCAUCAAGGUUGAAGGCCCUCGUGGGGAUUUCCAGCUCAUCACCGAUGAGAACGGCAAGAAGAAGCUCAAGAUCGAGGCCUGGUUCGGUACCCACAAGAUGAGGCUCAUCUAUGCCCAUUUUCCCAUCAAUGCUAGCAUCACUAAUCACAACAAGGGCAUCAAGAUCCAUAGCUUUCUACUUUUCGUGAGGAAAGUGGAUAUGCUUGAUGGAGUUUCCAUUGUGCAAUCUGAGAAGGUGAAGGAUGAGUUGGUUUUCGAUGGAAAUGACAUUGAGCUUGUUUCUAGGUCAUGUGCCCUUAUCAAUCAGAAAUGCCAUGUUAAGAACAAGGAUAUCAGGAGGUUUCUUGAUGGUAUUUAUGUUAGUGAGAAGGGGACCGCAUUAAUAAAGAAGGUACUUUUUUAUCACCUUUUAAGUUCAUUGAUGAUUUCUGUAAAGAUUGUAAUAUAUGAUAGAUAGUAAUAUUCAUUUUCAGUGAUCUUAAUUUCUAAUUUGCUUGUUUGUUUAACUGCUCAUUUUGAAUUCCUUGCUUUUUUCCUAGCUAGAGAAUGAUUUUUUGAAGAGAGAUAAAAGUGGUGGUUAUUUGAAAAGAGUUGUGUGUGAGAGUUAUUUCUAGAACUGUUAAGAAUCAUGGCUAGUUUCAUUUAGCUGGAAAACAUGUGUAUGAUCUGAACAAAUUCUGGAUUUGUUGCUGGAAGGGUAGGCUGGUGUAAAGGCAUCCCUAUGCUUUUCUGAGACAUGUAUCUGUAUAUUUGAUUCUAUAUAGUACUUGAUACUUGUUGAUAAAGUUAAGAAGAGUAAUGUGUAUGUUGUGCUUGCCUGUUAGGAAGCCUGAAAGAUACUCAAGCGUUUAUGUGAUAUACUCACCCGUUGGCUUAAAAAGAAACCUUUGGAGAACCCAUUGAUGUGGAGAUUAUAGGAAGCCUGAGAGAUGCUCAAGCUUUUUCUCGUAAUCAUGCUCACAAAGACACUGGUAAUUGAGAGUUGAUACAUGAAUUUUAGCAUUCUUUGUAUAGAAAUUAUGUUAUCAGUACUAUUGCAGCUGGACUUGAUGGAAUUCGUUUAGCUAUUUCUACUGCCACUCGUUUAGCUAUAUUGAUAUUGAUUCCUCUCCCACAUCGGUGACUGUCUCUGGCCAGAUUAUUUUAUGAGGUCUCACAUUUACCCAAAUCUUUUCUCUUUUUUUUUUAUUUGCAAAAACAAGCACUCCUUCAUGCUGCUAAUUCUGAUUACCAAAGUUUCAUAAUCAUCGUUUGCUCAUAAAAUUCACAGAGCCUCAUCCAUGUCCAUAAAAGCAUGAUCUGAGUUUUUUUAUUGUUGCAGGCCUCAAUUGUCAUUUUAGAAAUUCACAUCCCUCACUCCUUAACUGUUUACCUACAUCAUUUUGUAUUUGGCUUUUCAUUUUUCUGUCAUUUAACAAUUUCAGUGUUAGCUGCUUCUUGCUUUUCAAUUUUUUAUUC